AUGAUGUUAAAAUCAUCGAAAGUCAAAGGAACGAUAACAGGUGAUCCCGAUAUUAAAACAUCGCCACAAUUAGAUCAUAUUACACAAAAGUUAGAAUCAUUUACAAAAAAAUUUGGCAAAUUGAGCUAUCGUUUUUGGGAUACACGAGGCAUUGAUUCGUGGUCAACGCCGAAAGAUCAUACUGAUUUGAUCGAAGAAAUUAGACAAAAUAAAAUAAAACCGUUGUUCGUCAUUUAUUGCUCCUCUGGUAAUGGUAGAGUAAAUAGUGAAGUUGUUACAAAAAUCUUAAAUUAUUUAAAAGGAACCAAUACUCCAAUUGCAUAUGUCAUUACUAACAUAUAUAAUCAUAGUAAUGAACAAUUAAUUGGACAAAUUGAUGGCGGUCUCACUAUCAUGGGAAACAUUUAUUUAAGAAAUCCAGUGCAGAAAAAUAAACAUUGUUAUGAGUUCGGUGCAUUGACUAGCGAUGACGGCGAAAUUAUUCUCAAUGGUAAAGGUACUUUAAUUAGUGUUAAUUCAGAGCCAUAUGUCAAUGAUUUACUAAACAUCGAUAAACUUAAGCUCAAUAUAUUUGAGUUAAUGUCAUUUAUUGCAAACAAUUUGAAUGAUGAUGAUUUUGCAAGAUUUGUUGCUUUAACACUUCAAAAUCGAGGUUUCUGGGAACAAAAAUGGGAUACUCUUGUAUCAAAAUUACAUCAAUGUAGAGAUCAACUGGCUAAAUAUGGUAUAAAAUUUCGAGAUUAUAUAUGGAAUCCACUUACUAAUCAAUUUCAAUCGACAAGUGCGAACUAA